UACCAGUUCAUUGAUAAAGCUCAUGUAAAUCCAUCGUCACUACAUAAAAUAUGACAUUAAAUGAAAUAAACACACCACCACUGAAGAAUUUCAAACAAAACGCAAUUUUUAGUGUACUAUGGCUAAUAUGGACAUAGGGAUAAUGCCAAGAAAACGCGCUGAACAUGAGCCAAGGCUAGUUCUGCAGCAAUGCUGUUUCUGCUGCAUCCGUCUGAGGACCGGGAGCCUCAUCCUCGCCUACUUGUAUCUGAUUGGCGUUACCCUGAACUUGGGUUAUGCAAUUAUGGGUAUGGCUACAGUUAUUUCUUAUUUAAUACAAAUGUCGGAGUCAUUUAGACCGGUUCUGAUCAAAAUUACACUUCUUACAUCCGUUAUAUUGGUUUUAAACUUUGUCACUAUACCCUUUAAUGUACUUCUCCUCGUAGGAUUGCAUACGGAGAGACCACGUUAUGUCAGAACAUACAUAAUCUUUCAGAUUAUAUGCACCAUACUGACUGCUUUACAACAAAUAAUUACGAUGUGCAUUGUCACACAAAUAUUUAGUACUCUAGUUGGAGUAUUACUAACCUUGGUUUAUAUUGCUAUCAACGUGUAUUACCUACUUGUGCUGAGAAGCCACUACCACAAGAUGGUGGAGGGCUCCGACCAGCGCUCCCAGAUGUUCCAGAACAGUCGCUUGACUUUCGCGCCUAAAGCAUAACCCUCUGAAGUUAUACCAGCAGAGAAACGCAUACUUGUUAUGUAUCCUAAAUGUGACGUGUAGAUAUUUUAUUAAUAAUAAACUAGCUUUAUUGUUUGUUUAA